AUGUCUUCUUCCCCACCUGAGGCAGACCCGUACCUCGAACUCGGUCUCUCCCGAAAUGCCACCCUGGCCGAGAUCCGAGCCUCCCAUCGCAAACGAGUCCUCAAAUGUCACCCAGAUAAGAUCACCGAUGAGGCCAUUAGAAGGGUCGCCCUGGACGAAUUUCAACGGGUCCAAUAUGCCUACGAAAUUCUCUCUGAUGAGACUCGCCGGGAGCGUUACGAUCAGAGAGUCAGACUCGCCGCCAUCGCCCAAGAGAAACGAGACCUAUUAAAGAAAAAACAGGCCGAGGUCUCAGCACGUGGAUCUGGCGCUUCUUCGCGCGAGUUCCGUGAUGGCCACAUCGUGGAGGAGCGAGUCCCCUUCGAUUCUAAUUACUUUGAAGAGACCCGGAUCUACGAAGAACCCCGAGUCUACGAGGAGCCCCGAUCUUCCUCUCGCAAGGCCGAUGCAUAUGUUAAACGACCCAAGGCGAAGGAAGAGAAGAAAAAAGCGUCCAACCCAACUAUGAGUAGUGAACGUGCUGCCAAGGAAUCCCGCGAUAGCACCAAGGCUUCCCAUUCGGAACGACAACGACGCCGCGACAAGGAACGACGAGGACAACAGUCAGAGAAGUACGAGACAUUUAGUCCAUUUGUGGUAUCCGAUCAUAGCUCCUCCGACUCAAGCGACUCUGAAAUUCACUAUCGAAAGACCACCCGACACGCUCGGGAAUCUCGACCCCGUCCUACAGAGUCUUCUCGCCGGCGAGAACCCGAGUACUACGAAGAGGAAGAGAUCCACGACCGUCCGCGCUACGAAGCAAACCUCAAUCGAGCCGAGGAGCAUAUCGAACGUUCCAAGGAACACAUUGAACGCUCCAAGUAUGAGAACUAUCGAACUCGGGCGUCCCCACAUCGAAGCCGUGGUUACGACUCGCCCGAACCAGAAACUCGUCGUUCGGGACGGUCCUCCCGCGCGAACCACAACCGCUCGUCUUCUCGUCACGAUUCUUUUGAAGACCUAGAGCCUCGCUAUGAGCGUCCCAAGAUGCCCACCUCAACUACUAUGCCAGGUUCCAAGUCAACUCUUCGCCCCUCACUUUUCGGUGGAUCUCGCUCCAGCUCAGCAUUUGUGCGUCCCAAGCGAGGCGAAUCUUCCAGCCGUGGGGACGUUCUUAGCAAGAUGGCCGCCGAGCCUAUUCCCUCACGUUCAUCCAAGUCACGCGAGAAGUAUGACUCUGGCUACUCUUCUCCCAGCACCCCAGAAGUCAACCUCAAGACCAGCUCGCCUAAGGUCACGGCUCGUUACGUAGUCGAAACCCCAGCUGCCAGUGCUGCCAGCCCCAGGACUAGACAACACCGCACCAUGUCGACUGAUGAGCGCCCACGAGAGCAUACUCGUAUGACUCCCAAACGAUCAAGCACUUACCAGCCAUCUUCUACUAAGGAGCAACAAUCUCCCAAUAUCAAGAUCCGCUCUGUGCGACCCAAUCGAACCUACGACAAUGUGGAAUUCGCCCCCUACAUUCGUGACGAAGACAUCAAAUACACCGAGAUCCGACCUGGUGAACCCACCAUGUCUCAAGGCCGAACUUACUAUUACACUGAUCACAUUCGCCCCCGCCGCACUGCAGCGGGUACCGCGUAA